CGUGGCUUGUCACAGGUAUCCGUCCAGUAACAUGUGUAAUAUUAUUUGCAGAAUGAUUCCAAGACGCAAACACAACGCAUCCUCGGGCUCUCUGCCGCCUCCCGACGACAAGAACGCCAGCAAUGACUACAUCCUGUCGGAGGGAACGUCGUGCGAGCGGCUAUGCGCUGCGCUGCGGCGUCGGUUGAACCGCAAGACGCUGCACAAGCGCGUCCCGGUGACGGCGUGGCUGCCGCAGUACAACGCGGAGAAGGCGAUCGGCGACCUGAUCGCCGGCAUCACGGUGGGCCUCACGGUCAUCCCGCAGUCGCUAGCGUACUCCAACAUCGCGGGCCUGCCGCCGCAGCACGGCCUGUACGGCUCGUUCUUGGGCUGCUUCGUGUACAUCGUGCUGGGCGGGUGUCGCGCCGUGCCCGCCGGCCCCACCGCCAUCGCCUCGCUCUUGACUUGGCAGGUCGCCGGCGGUGUGGUCGAGAAGGCCAUUCUGCUGACGCUCCUGGCGGGAAUAGUCGAGCUCAUGAUGGGUGUCCUCGGGCUCGGCUUCUUGAUUAACUUCGUGUCGGGUCCGGUCUCGUCGGGGUUCACGUCGGCCGUGGCACUGAUGAUCGCUACGUCGCAGGUCAAGGACAUGUUCGCAAUUUCAGUCACCGGUGAAACCUUCCUCCAGCAGUGGAUCUCAAUAUUCCGAAACCUGCACGCUGCUGCACUGUGGGACCCCGUCCUCGGCUUCGCCUGCAUCGCCUUGCUCCUGCUCUUGAGGAAAAUUGGAAUGAUAAAGCUAGGUGGCAAUUCUGAAAACGGACCGAACACUCGACAGAAAGUGGUGACGAAGUGCUUGUGGCUGCUGGGGACCUGUCGGAACGCGAUCGUGGUGGUGGCCACCGGCGUGCUCGGCUACUGGUUCGUCGCCACCCACGGCUCCUCGCCCGUCCGCCUCAUGGGUGCGAUCCCGUCCGGCGUGCCCCACCCGCAGCUGCCGCCGUUCAGUUACGUGCGCGCCGACAACACGACCGCCGACUUCCUGGACAUGGUGUCGGAGCUGGGCUCGGGGCUGCUGGUCAUCCCGCUCAUCGUGCUGCUGGAGGACAUCGCCAUCUGCAAGGCGUUCUCUGAUGGGCGCACCAUCGACGCGACGCAGGAGAUGAUCGCGCUGGGCGUGGCCGGCAUCGCCAACUCGUUCGUGCAGGCGUACCCGGGCGGCGGCUCGCUGGCUCGCUCCGUCGUCUGCAACGGCUCCGGCGUCAAGACCACCUUCAACGGACUCUACACCGGAAUUAUGGUGAUCCUUGCCCUGCAGUUCUUCACGCAGUACUUUGAGUAUAUCCCGAAGGCCGCUCUCGCUGCCGUCAUCAUAACUGCGAUCCUGUUUAUGGUGGAAUACAACGUGAUCAAGCCCAUGUGGAGAGCUAAAAAACUGGAUCUCAUCCCGGGCGUGGGCACGUUCGUGCUGUGCCUGACGCUACCGAUCGAGCUGGGCAUCCUGACGGGCGUGAUCGUCAACAUCAUCUUCAUCCUGUACCACGCCGCUCGACCCAAGUUCUCGGUGGAGAUGUUGAAGACGGAGCAGGGCGUGGAGUACCUCAUGGUGACCCCGGACCGCUGCCUCAUGUUCCCCUCUGUGGACUACGUGCGGCGCCUGGUGACCAAGUUCGCGGGCAGCGGCUCCGUGCCCGUGGUGCUGGAGUGCACGCACAUCUACAGCGCGGACUACACCGCCGCCAAGAGCAUCGAGCAGCUCACCGCAGACUUCCACGCGCGACGGCAGCCGCUCUACUUCUACAACGUCAAGCCUUCCGUCUGCUCGAUCUUCGAGGCGGUCGCGAAGCCCGAGCACUUCGUGGUGUUCUACGAGGACGAGGAGCUGGACCGGCUGCUCGCGGCGGACGAGCGCCUGGCGCCCACCAAGCAGGCCCCUCUCGACGCCUGAGCGGACCGUCUAUACGUUACAUAUUUUCUGAAUCGAUUUAAUAUAGGAAUGUGAUAUUUAUUGGAGCAGGGGGUGGGGGCGCACGCGCGUUCAGAACGGUCGGCGCGCGUCUCGGCCCGUGAUACUCGUCCUACUUCAAAAUGGCGAUCUAUUUAUUUAUUGAUAGUUUACAAAGUACAAUUUAUUUAGCGUUAGUAUUAUCUGUACUAUAAGUUGCGAAGCUUUAAAGGGCCUAUAGAGGGGACGCGAGCGGUGGCGCUCCGGGCCGGCCCCGGCGGCUGUGGGCUCCGCUUCAUCUCACUCUGGUACUUAUCCAUUUUGUGAUCCUAAACUAGUAUAUUAAGUUUAAAAAAAAAUAUUUUUGAAUAAAUCACAAAAAUAGUAUAGAUUAUAAUAUAGUACUUAAACAUAAUGUGAUCUGUGUGCAUGUGAGUGCAUAUGUGUGUGUGCAUGUGUGCCUAGUUGAGUAGUGAAGAUGUCAGUCACAGUUCCAAGAACAAUAAUAUCUAAUAAACUCUUUGAGAGUAAAAA